AUGCCAUCCGUUGAUGAUUCCUCCUUCUCCCAAGACCGCAAUAGCACCAAUCAACAACCAGAACGUCAUGAUCUUCAUAACAUGCCGGAAGAAACCAACUCGGACCUUCCCAAAAUGUGGAACAUAGAGGACCCAUUCCAAUAUGCGCCUCCAAAACCAGACGGUGAUCCAUGGUCAAUUCUCCUUGAACCUCUGCUGAAGAGUGACAAGCUCCGUUGUGAUGCAUGGAAAGACGAGGUUCAGAAUUUGCUCAUUUUUGCUGGUCUGUUCUCUGCCGUGGUCACGACUUUUCUUGUGGAAUCCUAUAAGGACCUUCAGGCAGACCCAAAUGAUACUAUGAUUGCUUUGCUUGCACACAUCGCUGCCCGGCUUGACAAUGACACCAGCAUCAUCACUAGUACUUCCAUCUUUUCGGACAACACCUUUGUGCCUGCUACAUCGACAAUUCGGGUCAACGUUUUCUGGUUCAUCAGCCUCGUGCUUAGCCUCACGACGGUGCUCGUGGGCACCAUAUCUUUACAAUGGCUAAGGGAGCACCGGUCCUACUCAAACGUCUCCGACCCGCGCGAAAAGUAUGCGAUAUUUCACAUGAGGAAGGAGGGGCUAGAGAAAUGGCGGGUGGACAGGAUAUUUACAGUGAUGCCCCUUCUCCUACAGUCUGCUUUGGUUCUCUUUCUCGGAGGGCUGAUAGACUUUCUGCAUGCUUUCAGUCAACGCUGGUCGGUGGUCAUUCCUGUUGCCGCCGUGAUUGGAUUAUCUUUGCUAUUCCUCGUUACAACGACGAUCCUCCCGACUCUACAGACAAUGGCACUUUUUAUCAUCCCGUCCACAUCGCUCCACCCGCCUAGUCAGUGCCCCUUUAAAUCGCCACAAUCUCAUGCCGUGCGGCGGAUCUGCGCGCCUCUACUCAAGAUACCGUCCUAUUUGAGGCAAUCAUCUGUACUUGUCCCUAUUCGAUCACUGAUCUCUCGUCUUCAUCGUAUAUCUUUGAGUUCGGAAAUGAUUUCUAGCUACACAAUGGCCUCCAAAUUCCAGACUCAAGUGACCUAUACCGCAUGGUGUCGAACUUGGGUCAUGUUCGAUAAGGAUUGGGUGAUAAUUCGUGAUUUGUACAUGCGGCGUUCUUUGGAAAAUCGGUUCAAAGAAUACUAUUGGUUUAUGGAUACCAUGGGUUUUGGCCGCGACGAGCGAUUGCCACUUUUUGAUAUUGUCCACGGUCUUAAAUAUCAGCACUGGCGUGAAGAUGUUGUUGAUGCCGCCUAUCACUGUAUGUCAGAGGUUUCGCAACAUGCACUUCUACCACUGACGAACACUCUCCGGUUGUCUUCUCGGGCCCGCCUCUGUGAGAACAACUACCUGUACAACUUGUCAUCUAUUGGACACGACAGGGUCUCCAUAACAAGUUUCUUCGACACCGAUUCUGUCUUUGACCAUGUUGGAAAGGGGGAAUUGUCAUCCGCAAAGGCCUUAACUUGUAUACUUCAUCAACAAAACCUAGCAGCAUUCACGGAAUGGAGCGGCAGUAUUUUCCAACGUCAUCAAAAAGAGCUCGCCUUGCUUCCCUUGAGUGUAUCCUUCUUCAAUGUCUCAUCGUACCAUCUCGUGGCAGACCGAGAUAACGACUUUUGUGACAAGGACACCUUUGAAGCCUUCGCUUGGCAAUUUGCCAACCUCACCUUUUCCAUCUUCAGACAGGCUUGCGAAGAUUUCCAUCCUCAUUCUUUGGUCCACAACUCAUUUUCACAGGAACUUGGGCUUCCGCUUUAUUUUGAAGUAGCUGCAUAUAUCACCGCUCGGACAUUUUCGCCAUCCAUCUCCUUCUCCAUCGACAAUGAAAGUGAAUCCUCGGCAGUUUCUCUCGCCACAAAGCAGACAUUUCGUGACCUAUUUACCUAUAUUUCUUCAAUUUUAGACAUGGAGAUCUCGUCCUGGAAGGAUUCCCAACCAAAGCCAAGCUUGUUUUUCUACCUGGCUGCCUGCUAUACCCAACAGCUAGUUGGCCCUCUCUCCAAAGACGAAAACUUUAUCUCCCAUCGUGGCACCAUCCUCCAGUAUAAGGAACACACCAUCGAUGUAGGUCUUAUUGAUUCCAUUUUGGAGAGACGACUGUCUGGCCGACAGCAUGCCAGCGACAACCAUAUUCCGUACGAUGACGAGUAUAUAUGCGUCCCAUUUUCAUCCAGUUGGUGGGACACUUUUAAAGGAAAAACUCCAGAAGGUUUCAAUUAUAGUCCAGAACCCCCUGUUUUAUUUGAUGAUUGCCAACAAAUAAAUGUUGUCGAUUAA